AUGUCAUCAUCAAGAGCUCUCCGCCUUCAAUCGGCCCUCCGAAACCCCAUCCUCGGCACCUCCGCACAACUCGCAACCCGCCGGGGCUAUGCCGUCAAGGAGCCCCCAGCACCAAACCCCAUAAACCCAAGUGCACUCUACCUCGUCCUCGGCGCCGCCGCAGCCCUGGGCGGCACCUUCGCCUUCCUGACCGGCGCCCCAGACCGCGCAGCAGGCGUCGCGGACUCCGUCACUCGCGGCGGCGGGCCGUCCAUCACGCCCGGCCUGGGUCCUAAACCCUCGAGCGAGCGGAAUCUGGAGAACACGACGGGACGGGAUGCAAACCGGCAGACGGGGUUGGCGGGGAUAAAGAGCAAGCAGACGGAUCCGAACCAGCUGCAGGCGAGCAAUUGA